ACAAGACUAGUAAUUCAACUAGUAUCUUUCCUAACUAAUUUGAAGACGGAAAAUAUGAGGUCUUGCUUAGUGAUCCUCCUCUUCUUCUCAGUUGUUUCGUGUGAUCAGGUUUCUUGUGAUUUGUUACCCUCAAGAAUCUACCACUGCACUACUAAGAUCUUCUUAAUUGUACAUGAUCAUCAGCUUGUGUGUAUUAGCGAGGCAGCAAGACACGGACCAGAGGAUUACUGGAAGAAGAUCAUGCAAGAUGAACAGAUGCCUAAAGCACUCACAGACCUCUUCCAUGAAGAUUCAUCAAGAUCAGAUGAUCAUCAUCAUCGCCGCCACUCCGAUAUCAACGUCCAGAAGCAGCCUGAGACUUUGAACAUGAAGCGUUUCCUCACAAACUUUGAUACGGCUCCCAAUCUCAUAAUCUAUCAAAACAAGGUUGUCAUCCAUUGAUUAACGAAGCUCAUCAUUGUCGUCAUCGUCAUCGUCAUCAUAUAUGGGGCGAGAUAUUAGUAUUACUUUUGGGCUAUUACGCGCAUAUGUAGAUUAGCAGCAACUCAGGGCAUUGUAUAUCUAUUGCUGUAAUGAAAUCUAGGGUACGUAUAGGAUGAGUGUACAAGUAUUAGGACAGCAACAGAUAAAGAAGAGCGGCCAUGUAGUCAGAUUUUUUCGUUGCUUGCAGUGAAUUUGUUAUAUAUAUUAUCAACGUUCAUCAAUCGUC